AUGGGUACCAUCUCUAGCUCUCCAGAAGUCCGAGCCCAGCAGGCCAUCAGCCAGCGCACCCAUACAGAGCUCCAAGCGCUUGCGCCUCUCGAUGCCGAAAACUGUACCGCAGUACCAAGAUUGCUUGGCCAUGCGGAAAGGUUGCAAGGUACUGAUGAUUUAGGGCCUGGCGGCUAUAUCAACUACGUUGCGUGGGAGCGGAAUAUCGCGGGCGAGUUCGUUCCGCGUUUCGUGCAGCCUAUGAGUAAGAUCAUUACCCAUGCGUCUAUCCCUUAA